AUGCUGUCUCCAGCUCCACAAAUACUGCCACCUCCACCAUCAUCUUCUCUACCUGCAUCCCCACUCCCACCAGUUGCUGAAUAUCCACAGGUGUCGCCCCCAGUAUUCGCAGCAGUUGCUCCAAAGCACCCAUAUACAGUUGAUAGGUCCAACAUUUCUUCACAGAAGCAUCUCCCAGGUGUACAGCUCCAUCAACUUCAAGAGCACCUUGAGACACAUCCUAGAGAGCUAGGCCCAGCCUCGCAUGGACGAAGCGACCCGGACCCAGCCUGCAUCUCGGGUUACUCGACACCAGCUAACGCCCACGAACCAAGUGCACAAGUACUAAUGCCUGCCUCUCCAGCUGACAGCUUUCAGCGUCAUCUAGUGUCCGUCAUAGAGAUCCAUGGCACGGACGACCUCAACAUCACCAGCUCAAUCGCCUCUCAAACUGAGAAGUUUCAUGGAUCAUGGGUGAAGCCGAACGUCCAAGAUGACUCCAUCCGUCACCCAUCUCAGCCAAAAGUUGCGUGGGAAAUGCAAUCGCAUUUCUUCCCCUUGCAACAGCAGGCUAAUCUGCAAGAAGGUGGUUAUCCAAUGGAGGAGUCCACCCGUGAAGGGCAGAGCAAGCUGCCUCCAACAGACGCAGGCGACAACGUGAUCCAGCAGCAGCAGCACGCCUGUCUCAGCUCGCUGGUAUGCUGCGACAGGGUAGAGAAGGACAAGCAGCCUGAGGGCAUCUGGCUCAUGGAGCGGCCUCCUGUUCAGGCCAGUAGCCCCCCGCGCAUCUUCACCGAACUGUUACCUCCAGUGACCAGUUCCCAGCCUGCCGUCAACGUGCCGGUCGCCAUGACUUUCACGGGAGACGAGAAGCAGGACAGCUGGUGUCCAGAACUAAAAAACGAGCACAAGGCAAAUCCUACCUACGCAAGAAGCUACGAACUACAACCUCAGAUGCAGCAGCCGAUAUUGCCCAGUGACCAGCAGCGACAGUUUCCUAAGAAAAAUACACUAUCCGACGGGAAAGAAUAUGUUUGCAAAACAUGCUCCAAGAAGUUCGCCACACGCUAUUCUCUGAACCUUCACUCGCGUACGCACACAGGAGAAAAGCCACACAUGUGCGCACAGUGCGGGAAGCGGUUCAGCCAACGCCGGAACUACCGCUACCACCUGUCGCUACACUCCGGUUCGAGAGAAUUCGAGGCAUCGUGUCCGGUGUGUGCCAAAGUGUUCAGCGACCGGGGCUACCUGAGCUCCCACAUGAAGAUCCACCGCGACCAGCGCGAGUACGCCUGCACCGAGUGCGGGAAGCGGUUCAACCAGCGCGUCGCCUACAACACCCACGUGCGUACACACACCGGCGAGCGGCCGCACCGCUGCACCGUCUGCGGCGAGAACUUCUACCGCAAGGCGCUGCUCAGUCAGCAUAUGGAGAACCACACCAAAGAGAAGCCCCUAGCCUGUCUGGAGAGCGGCAAGUGCGUCUCGGAGAGCAGUAACAAGGCGCAACACGAGGGUUCUCUCCCGGGCCUGCCGCCGAACGUGUCCGCGCGCUGGCUUUGCAGCUCCUCCCAGAAGGACCACCUGUGCUCUCACAUCGCCUGUCACGCGGGCACCGUCCCAGCAGCCGACAGACGCCGGUCUGAAGAGUCGUCCACGCCUUCCGGCGCCCUCGGUCCGUUGCGCAACACCAGCGUCAUCAUCAGCACACCGCCGCUUGCGAUACCCGACCGCACGGCCUCCGCCGAGGCGUCGCACCAACCACCGCCCCCGCGGCUGCCGCUGCAGCCACAGCCUUCGCUGUCGCUACCUCGCCAGAACACCGACGUCGGCGAAUCAAGAGUUCUUUGCCACAUAAUGGCGCCAAAGGGAUCGUAG